AUGGCAGAGUCACCUGGUCCGGCCACAACUGGCAGAAGCUCGGUUCAGCAAUCCACUGAACAAGAUGCGAAUAGUUCAUAUCCUUCUCCUUCUCCACCUCACCCACUUCCUCUAAAACGAAAGAAAAAGGAGCCUGGGACUCCAACCUGGAAAAAUGUAGUUGUUUUAAAAAGCAGUGAUGUGAGAAAAAUAGGAGACAAAGUCCUUAUGCCAUUUACAACACAAAUGUCAACCAUAAAAAAGUCACUAAUACCACGGUUUCAAAAAGUAGAAAUUUCUUCAGCAAUGACAAAAAUGGAAGUAAAAGCAAAAUUGGAGGAGGUAUUUCCUUAUCUUCGGCAACAAAGGUAAGAUGAAUAAUAACUGUGUAGCUGCUAUUAAUUUACAUUACUUACUUACUUUGAACUGACCGCUGUCUCCUCAACUUGGACACAUCUAUUUCUGCCAUGUGGGCAAGGGUAAAAUAGACACUUAAGGCCCUCUUGCUAGACCCAGCUUAGAAUUAAAAGGAUAAGGAAAGUUAAGUUUUGGGAACAACUGGUAACAGCCAAUCAUAUGAUACUGGAGCUCAGCAAGGCAAGUGUGCUGAGCCCCUUUGAAAAUAACAUGGACAGCCUUUUUUGUGUGGUUUUAAUGUGAUAGUCACAUGGAUGCAGAGCAUACACACAUACAGUCUGUGAAAAAAGGGGAGGGGCCACCCAGACAUGCAGCCUGUUUUUACUUGCACUGGCCAAAGUCAGCCUUUAGCUUUGUUUUUAUAUUGGACAUCCAUAUUAUGGUCAGUUGUCAGCUGUGAAAACAGUGUAUUUGCCGACCAGUAUUGCAGGCUUAGGUGUACAACUUACUGGGGUCCUUUCUUGAAAAUUGUCAGCUGACCUUAUUGAAGUUGACAUCAAUUACAUGGAAGUCUAGCAUGUUCUAUUUUAGGAGUUCACUUUGUCAGUAAUUGUUUAGAGGCCCAAAAACUUGUUUGUUCAUUUGAAGCGCUGUCAUUUUGAAUAUUUUCUUCAAACCCUCCGCCCAUAAUUAAGUCAGCACUUCUUGUGCCACGGUGACCUACAAAGAUUUGAGUUUCACAGUCAGUGAUCUGGCUACAUAUCGAAAAAUUCUUACCUUUUUUUCUCGAACAAUUAUAGAGACACUUUACUGUAAACAAUAAAAAAGACCAUAAAAGGAAUAAAAAUCUCUGUCAUUGUUAACCCAAAACCAAAACCCAAAGUUGCGGCGCUAUUGAGCUCCUGGCUGGAAGAUGUUUAAUUUCCACUGUUUUAAAAAAAGGUUUUGCAUAAUAAUUUGUUUUUAUGUUCUGUCUGGUGUCCCUUUCAGUUAUUUUACACAUAAAAAAUUGCAGUGACUGUGUUUUUAUGGUAUUGAACUUAACUUGUUCUUAUAUAUUAAUACUUUUUCCACUUCUAAUGCUCUUGGUUUUAAGGUUUCCUUUGCACCAGCAACCCCAGAACCUCAUACCCAAAGUUGCUUUCAUUGGUCUUUUCCCAGAAUUUUAUUUUGCUAAUGAUCAACAAUAAAAAUUGAUCCAAGAUGAGAUGGUGAUGGCAGUCUGUUUUCCACACCUUGGCUUACUGUUUGCUUUUAUUACCCUAACCAAAAUACUAACUUACUUAGGCUGGGAAUCAUAUCAGGCCUAAUAUUAAUAGUCUUUUCUUAAAUUAGAUUCUUCUGUGCUAAAGCAGUGGAAGGAGGAACUCGAUUGGACUUCUAUGGAGAACCCAGUAUUUGGGAUGGAAAACUCAUAAAAAAAAUCCUCCCCGGAAACUAUGUUCUCUAUAUUUUAACUUACGAGGUAUGGUUCACUUUACAGGUAACUCAUUUAGUCACACUAGGCACUGCACUAGGUUGUACAGUGCAAAUCAUUUAUAGAUUAAAAAAUGUUAUUAAUAAUACUAUUAUUAUUGUAACUUUCAUGUUUAUAUCAAUGCACUAUUGUCAUCAUUUCCCAAUAGGAAAAUGAUGACGAACAAGAUCCAACAGUCUCAAAUCUGUCAACUAACACAUGCUCCCUGCAUAAUCUGAUGAUGACAACUGGUAAAGUAGUAUACUUUUGUAACUUUAAUAAUUUAUCCCGCAUUCAUUGCUGGGUGCUGAAAUAGUGUCAGUAGUACAUGUAUCAGGCAACUUUUGGCUAAGCUUAUAUAAAACAAAGGUAAAAGUGUAAAUUAUAUAUCGCUAUAAAAAAACAUAGUUGACCAUAAGUACAUAACCAUAGCUUCAUUAUGAUUUAAGUCACUGAAUAUAUACCUUCAGAUCAACAGUUGUGUUCAAAUUGUGACUUUUUCAAUCAAAUGAAAGGUGUGGAUAUGAUCCUUUAUCUGAAAAAGAAAAAUUGGUCACAGAAAAUUGUGUGCAUAAAGCUUGGUUCUCAUGUGCCACAGAGCUACCUGCAACAUAAGCUACCGUGGUACUGCCUGCAAUACCAUUCCGAUGUGAGAACAGAAGUCCCCACCAAGAGAGGCCACCUCAGUCUUAACUGCCAGCAUACCUGCAAAGUUGACUUGAGUUCGACUUCGCAGGCAUGCUGGCAGUAAAGUCCUACCAGAUUUCUUGUUGCUGGUGGUGUUAUGUCCUCACUUGUCUGAGUAGUAUCGCAGGCAGUACUGGCGACUACAUCACAGGUACUUCAGAAGCAUCUUUAGCUUGUUCAUGCUUUAAUAGUAACCAGGUAAGACUUUAG